UUAGACCUUAUAGUCAUCGCUCCCCAAUGCAUCUGUCACACCUCAGCAGUCUGGAAUCCCUGUCUGAGUGUAUUAAUAGAGCCACUCUUGUGUCUUGUGGGUCGGAGUGGCGUGAUUGGAAGAAGUUUUCAGUCAGUCCAGCGACCAGCGCGUGACGGGAGGCAGAAAGCAGUGUUAAACGGAGAUUGGAGCUUGUACCUAAGUGGACGUCAUGGCCCAGACUGACCCAAACUCCAGUCAAACCAGCACAGGGACCCCUAGAGACCUCACUGGUGUCUACUCUGAUGAACUGGGCUUCUUCACAAUGGACAUGAACGUCCCUGGACUGUCCAAAGUUAUUCUCCAAAAACUCAACAUGAAAGACUAUGAGGACUACAGGGCGGCAUUGGAAGGGAAGAAAGGAGCAGAAGGCUUUGGGAUCCAUUCAUAUCACGAGAUGUUUCAAAAAAUGGAAGACACCUACAAGUUCUGUGCGGAGUGCAGGAGGUUGCCUAGCAACCUGCCAGAUCCAAGAGCUCUGAGGAGGUGCAAGAGGUGCCAGAACGUGUACUACUGCUGCAAAGAGUGUCAGAGAGCCAACUGGCCGACUCAUAAGAAGUUCUGCAAGACGCUCAAACUGGUGGCCAUUGACAGGCUUGUGGAGUGGCUUGUCUUCACAGGUGACCUCCCUUUCCCAACGGACGUGUGGCCCAAGCCAGCUUCCCAAGUAUCAGGCUGGGAUGACUGGUUCUCCAUGCAGGGUGAACUGGACAACAGGCUGGACGCGGUACUGACCAGCCGCUACAUGGGCAUCCUGUGGUCAAACGCAGGGAAGCCCCGGCCAGAGGAGCCCGAGCUGAGGGAGUCAGUCAAGCGAGUGUCCACCGAGUUCCUCUCCCGGCCGCUGACCAUCGGAAUGGGUCUGCUCAACUUUGGGCUGGACCCUUGCGCCCGGCCCCUCACUGUCCAUGUGGUGGGGGCAUCCCACAACGAAACCCUCAACGCCAGGGUCUCAGACCUGGACGAGCUUGUCCGGAUGUUCCCUGGGACCCAGGCGCUGCAGGUGGUGAUGGUUGGGCCUGAGGUGGUGGAUGGCUCCAUCACGAGGCCCCCAUUGAGCGGCUACGGGCCCCGUGGACAAGUCUACAUCAGCGCCAAGAAGGGGUUCUACCAUGACUUCUGGGAGACCCUGGUGGAGACUCAGGAGGUCAUGCGACCUGAUCUGGUGGUGGGCUUUCAUCCAGGGUUCCACGUUUCCACAGGCCUGGCUGAGGGAUGGCUGCCUACCUUGCUUCUACUUAGAGACUACAAAAUCCCCUCACUCUUCACUAUGUACAACGAGCAGGAGCUGAAGUGUUCCCUGCAGAUCCUAGUGGAUCUGGAGUGCUGGAUCACUGCACAUGGAGUUAACCCUUUCUCCUCCCUGAAGCCAGAGCAGGUGCAGUCCAGCCCCAACAAACCUGUUGCUUACUGCCACUCCCACUACGUUGCUUUCCAUGGGCCAGUGGAGGAGAUGGACAUGGGUGAAGAGCAGCCGGAGGAAAAGGAGGAGAACUAGACUCAGAUCCACGCUUCUGUUUCUGCCUUUUAAAUCCCUACACAGUGACAUUCUGGAAACGCUAGCUGUCCAUUCCCUCAUGAAAAAAUGAAUCCGCAUGACAACCUUCUGAUUGUCCUUGUGCACAACGACUACUGUAAAUAAAAUACAACUGCUCAACCUAAACAUUUAUACAUUGCAGUAUUUAAGUGGAUCGUAAUAGUAUUCAUUCAAUUUGAUUGCUCUAAACGUUUUAUGGUAAUGGUGUUGUAAACAUUAUAGCAAUCACUGUGGUUAAAUGUUGUUGUUUUUUCAAUAGAUAAACAGGUGUUGAUGCUGCUUAGUUUUACUAACAUGUUUUAACAUUGUAGCAACCGAAUGCAUGGCUUCCAUUAUAUAUAGGGCUUAUAGUUUGUUCAAUGGCUUUUAGCACCAUCACUAUAAAAAAAAGGUUCCAGCGCCACAGGUCCACCUUGUAGGUCGUGCUAGCAGAGUUGAAAGGUCACAUUGUCACAUGUUUGUUCUCUGGAUUCUCCAGACAAGCGCUAAGCAGCUCAACACCAGGUAAAGGCUGAUUUACAGAAAAUAUACAAUAACAUUGAAAGAGCAACAGGAACCAGAACCACUCAGAAUAAAUAGCAAGGGGAAUGUUAAAAGUAAAAUGACAUGUAAAGGUACUUGGCCUAUUAAGAUCAUUUUAUAAAAGCUUUUUAAUGAUCUCAGUGGCAGUUUUCAAAUCCUCCAUUGUUUUGUUCAAUUGAACAGACCCUGGGGGAUCUCGCUAAUGAAGCCGGUUUAAUAUUACCGACCACUUCCAUGCUACACUGUUCAGCUGUUAUCUCUCCAGAAAUUUGAAUUCAUUUGAGUUUUCCACAAUCUCUUUUCAAUGUGCUAUUCAUGUGUAUUUGGGUCACACUGUUACUUCCUGUACUGCAGCGCUCCAGUCACUAGGCACCUUGAUUUAUUGUGGCAGAGACAGGGUUAAUGUCUCUAUCAGCAGCCACAGCUGUGGCCACUCAAAAGCAGGCAGAAAUUCUGUGUCUGGGAGAGAGGAGUUGGUGAUUUUUUUUUUUAAUCUGUGUUGUUGCUGUGUUAUAUAUUUUCUGUGAGUAGUGAAGGCGAAUCCCCAGCCUAUGAACCGUGUUUUGUUUGAACAUGUUUUGGCCCUUGCUCCCUUUUGUUUGGUGUUGUUUUGUUUAUUAAAGUGCGCGUUUGUGCUUUAAACUGCA